AUGAUAUAUAGGUCUAUUUGUUGUACAUUAAACAUCAGUUAUAAUCGUAUUCUAUCAAAUAAUAUAGUAUUUAUUAAUAAUAUUAAUAACGAAAAAAACUACUUAAUUAAACUGACAUCAGAGUUAUUAAAAAGAACCAUGUCUACUGCCGAAAAGAAACCGUUUUAUCGUUUACCUGCUAAUAUUCGUCCCCGUCAUUACGAGAUAACCCUAGUUCCAGAUAUUGAUAAGUUUACUUUUAAAGGAAACCAAACGGUUAACAUUGAAGUAAAGGAACCAACUGAUAAAAUUAUCUUAAAUUCGUUGGACAUUGACAUCAACAGCGUAACGUUCAAAAAUGACAAAGGAACGAGCAUUAAUGCUGAAAAAAUUGAUCUACUGCCAGCGGAUGAAACUGCUGUUCUUACUUUCCCCGAGAAACUUCCAGUAGGAAAGGAUGGUAGUCUUAACUUUGAUUUUGUUGGGCAAAUUAAUGACAAAAUGAAAGGAUUGUACCGCAGUAAAUACCACGGUGAAAAAAAUAAUGGAUCAGCAGCGGUGACUUAUCUUUGCCCGACAUCAGCUCGCAGAGUGUUUCCUUGUUGGGACGAGCCGGUGAUAAAAGCCAGCUUUGGCUUGACCCUAAUCCUGCCAGUGUCUAAAGUUGACGGUAGUGUUAAAUAUGCAGCGGUGACGCAAUUCGAAGCGACAGAUGCGCGACGUUGCUUUCCCUGCUGGGAUGAGCCGUCAGUAAAAGCCACGUUCGGUAUUACUCUGCAAAUACCAGCUGGUUACACGGCCCUUUCAAACAUGCCGGUGGAAAAAGUUGAGAAAAAAGGAGACCUAGAGGUAAUAAAAUUCGAAAAGACUCCGGUGAUGUCGACGUACCUGGUAGCUGUAGUUAUCGGAGAAUUUGAUUACCUGGAAGAUAAAACCGUGGAUGGAACGGUCGUGAGAGUUUACACGCCUAAAUCAAAGCAAGAACAAGGUCGAUUUGCCCUAGAAGUUGCGACAAAGGUGCUGCCGUACUACAAUAAAUACUUUGGAAUAUCUUAUCCGUUGCCAAAGAUGGAUCUAAUUGCUAUUGCCGACUUCUCAGCCGGAGCUAUGGAGAAUUGGGGCUUGGUGACUUAUCGAGAGACUUGUCUGCUAGUCGACCCACAAAACACCUCAGCCGCUUCAAAGCAGUGGAUUGCUCUGGUGGUAGGCCAUGAAUUGGCGCACCAGUGGUUUGGAAAUCUCGUCACCAUGGAGUGGUGGACUCAUUUGUGGCUCAAUGAAGGCUAUGCGUCUUUCGUCGAGUUCCUUUGCGUCGCCCAUUUGUUCCCUGAAUACGACAUCUGGACCCAGUUUGUUACAGACACCCACAUCAGAGCCCUGGAGUUAGACGGGCUCAAAAACAGCCAUCCCAUUGAAGUACCAGUAGGUCAUCCCACUGAAAUAGAUGAGAUCUUCGAUGACAUUUCUUACAACAAAGGUGCCAGCGUUAUUCGCAUGUUACACUCGUACAUUGGCGACGAGGACUUCCGCAAAGGCAUGAAUCUUUAUCUUAAGCGUCACAGUUACGCGAAUGCGGAAACGGAAGAUCUAUGGGCUGCGCUGCAAGAGAUGAGCAACAAGCCUGUAGGCGAAGUUAUGUCAACUUGGACUAAGCAGCAAGGAUUUCCUGUUAUUAAAGUUCAACAGCGUAACGACCGAGUAUUAAUGCUGACGCAGGAAAAGUUUCUCGCUGAUGGAUCCGUUGAUGAGAGUAAAAAUCUGUGGAUGAUACCGUUGAGUGUCAGUACUUCAAAAUCUCCAAACGAAGUUGCGCUCAGUACAGUUAUGAGCGAAAAGGAAAAGCAAGUUGUUAUCAAAGAUGUGCCAGAAGGCGCUUGGAUUAAGAUUAAUCCAGGUACAAUCGGUUUUUACCGUACACGUUAUGACUCACAAGCGCUGUCUUUGCUAAUGCCAGCGCUUAAAGAUCGCACUUUGCCGCCAUUGGACCGACUGGGGCUAUUCGAUGACCUGUUCGCGAUGGUCCAAGCUGGACAUACUUCAACUGUUGAUGUACUUAAAUGUAUGCAGGCCUUCCAGUACGAGGACAACUACACCGUUUGGUCCAGUAUCAUCAGUAGUUUAGGAAAAAUAGGAAUCCUGCUUGGUCACUUGGACAUCUACGACAACUUCAAAGCUUUCGGUCGCGCGAUGCUCAAAGACAUCACCAAGAAACUGGGCUGGGAGCCCAAGAGUAACGAAAGCCACUUGGACAAUCUCUUGAGGUCGCUUAUUUUGGGCAGGAUGGCUCUGCUGAAGGACACAGACACCAUCGAGGAGGCCAAGAGACGAUUUGAGCUUCACGUCUCCAAGAAGUCGAUCCUGGCUGCUGAUUUGAGAACGCCAGUCUACCGUGCGGUCCUUUCUGUUGGCGACGAGAAGACCUACGAGACCAUGCUCAAGCUCUACAACGAAGCUGAUCUCCACGAGGAGAAGGACAGAAUCCUUCGGGCUCUAGGAACGAUCCAAGAUGAGACUCUGCUUAACAAAGUCCUGGACUUUGCAAUGAGCGACAAAGUUCGCGCGCAAGACACCGUUUUCGCCAUAAUGUCAGUAGCUUUGAACUCAAAAGGUCGCGACCUGGCCUGGAGAUUUUUCCAGAACAACUGGCAGAUCCUGAUGAACCGGUACGACGGUGGAUUUUUACUCUCAAGACUGGUUAAACAUACCACUGAGAAUUUCGUGACCGAAAAGCGUGCCAUUGAAAUCGAGGAAUUCUUUAAGAAAAAUCCGACACCUGGAGCUGAAAGAACUGUCCAACAAAGCGUUGAAAGUAUUAGACUUAAUGCAGCCUGGCUUGCUCGAGAUCAAGCUUCUAUUGAAUCGUAUUUCAAAGAAAAUUCAUAU